AUGUUCUUUAAAAAAAGAUUUAAUAACAAUAAUGAAGAUCUUGAAGAAGAAGAUGGAGAUUAUUAUCAAAUUAAUAAUAAUAGUAGUAAUGAUAUGAUUGAAUCUCAAGAAAAUAGAAUGUCUAUAACAUAUUUAAUCUUAAAUAACGUUAACGAAGGAGGUGAAAUAUUGACAGCAACUAAUAAUAAUAAAUAUGAAAGCACUUU